AUGACCAAAUCUAUAAACGCACACGAGUUGCGCCAGCAUUGGGUAAAUCAUCAUGAAAUUGCCCUCCUUGACGUCCGUGAAGAAGGCCCCUAUUCCGAGGCCCAUCCUCUAUUCGCAUUAAGUGUGCCAGUUUCGGAAAUCGAGAAGAAGUUGCCUCCACUAGUCCCUCGAUUGUCGGCCCCGAUUGUUGUAUACGACGAUGGCGAGGGUUAUGUAGAUCGGGCUAUUGCCCGGAUAUUAGCCCUGGGGUAUCAGGAUAUUGCCAUUUUGACAGGCGGCCUUUCUGGCUACGCUCUUGUUGGCGAGGUCUAUCGCGAUGUCAAUGUGCCAUCCAAGGCGUUUGGCGAGCUUGUCGAAUCCAUCGACCACACCCCAUCCUUAUCUGCGCGGGACGUCAAGAAUGUUCUGGAGAGUGAGGAUGAUGUGGUUGUCCUGGAUGCCAGACGUUUUGAGGAGUAUAAUACCAUGAGCAUUCCCCGUGGCCGCAGCUGUCCAGGCGGAGAACUUCUGUAUCGCUUUUUUGAGGCCGUACCAUCCCCAGAAACCACAGUGAUCGUCAACUGUGCAGGUCGAACGCGGAGUAUUGUUGGCACCCAAUCUUUGAUCAACUCCGGAAUUCUGAAUAACGUAUUUGCGCUCCGAAAUGGGACGAUUGGGUGGACAUUGGAGGGUUUGGAACUGGAGACCCAAAAGAGGGAACAGGUUCCGAGACCUUCAGUCGAGGCAUCGCAAAAGGCACGGCAAUACGCUGAAUCCUGGGCAAAUCACGUCGGCGUGUCUUCUAUUGAUGGCGAUCAGCUCACUCGAUUUACCGCGGAGUUGGAAGACCGGACUCUGUACCUGUUAGAUGUGAGAGAUCCCGAGGAGUACGCCCUCGGACACCCGACCGGCUUCUCCAAUGCUCCUGGUGGCCAAUUGGUACAAGCCACCGAUGAAUGGGUGGGCGUUCGAGGAGCUCGCAUUGUUUUAUACGAUACGGAUGGUGUGCGAGCGCGCAUGACAGCCAGCUGGCUCUUACAACUCGGAUGGGAGGUGUAUGUCUUUGAAGAGCGGUCCUCAGUGCCUGAUGGGCUUGCGUUCCCUGAGGUCCCUUCAUGGCAUCCUUCAAAGAACAGCUCUAUCACGAUCAAUGACCUUCAAAAUCUCGCAGGAGCGGCUGUGGUCGAUCUCGCCCGUAGUCCAUCCUAUCGCAAAGGCCACAUUCCAGGCGCAUGGUUUGCUUCUGGGCCCGAGCUUGCCCGAGAUUUGAGACCUAUCGACGGUGACGGCCCUAUCGUGCUGACCUCGCCCGAUGGUGAUGUUGCGGCGAUGAAUAUUGACGAGGCACGCAAAUCAAUCUCACGAGAAGUGCUGUAUUUAGCGGGAGGGACAAUGGCCUGGGUAGCUGCCGGUCAUCCCCUCGAGACCGAGUCACGGUGGCUGUCACAGCCAAUCGAUGUGUAUAGAAGACCGUAUGAAGGGACAAGCAAUGCUCGCAAGGAUAUGCAAGGGUAUCUUGACUGGGAGUAUGGGCUUAUCGCACAAUUGGCGAACGACGGGGUUGCAUGUUUUCACGUUAACUUCACCUCGUUAUCUCCGCGAUUUUACAGAAUGACAAUUUCAAAUGCAUCCUCGCCUCCAAACAAGGUGCAACGCCAGGCCUUAGCGGAGGAAACCCGCAGACUCACCUCGCACAUCAUCAGCUCCGCAGAUGCAUCAACAGAGUCCGUUUACUACUCAAUGCAGCUACCACGACGUGAUCCAAUUCCAAAUUCAUCACCGCCAAGAAUUACAGUCCAAAAUAGCGACAGCUUUACGGCCGCCAGAGCCAUCCUAGACACCAACCCUACUGCCAAGAUCGGGGUCUUGAAUAUGGCCAGUGAGAAACACCCUGGAGGAGGAUGGCUUCGGGGAGCAUUGGCGCAGGAGGAGGCGCUAUGCUUUCGGAGCACACUAGCUGUGACACUACAUAAGCGAUUCUAUCCUCUUACAGUGUUUGGUGCUGUCUGGUCUCCGAAUGUAGUUGUCUUCAGAGAAGAAGUGAGCACGGGCUGCCGGAUUUAUGAGCCAGCAGAAAUGUUUACCGUGGGUGUCGUCAGCUUAGCAGCAAUGAGACGGCCUCUCCUGACGCCAGAUAGGCGCAACUUUGGCAUGUUCCCGGAAAGACCUUGCAAUUUACGGCCAGAUGCUGACACUAAGCAGCGCGUCCACAAGACAUUCGGACAGUCAGGGAGAAAAUGA